AUGUUCAUCAAGAGGGCAGCACCCAAAGGGGUGCGCAAGCGACCAAACCCAACAGACCCUGCAGCUGCGGAGGCCUCAGGAGAUGCUUCUUCUUCUGCUGCUGCUGCUGCAGCAGCAGCAACAACAGCAGCAGCCGCAGCAGGAGACACAGCAACAGCAGCAGCAGCAACAGCAGCAGCAGCAGCACAGUCAGACGGCAGCGAUGAAGAACAUGCAAAGAUUGCAAAGCGGAAGAAAACGAAAAAUAAACUCUGCAAACACUUUCUUGUUGGAAGAACAAAGAGCGAGACGCCCCCAGUAGAGAAGCCAACCGAUGCCCUCGCUCAAGAAAGCAAUCCUAACCUUGAUCUAGAUGAUGACGCCCGUGCAACAGCAGUGCUGGAUGUUGAUCCUGACCGAGCGACAGACCAUCGGUCGAUAAUGGAGAGAAAUUUAGAAAUAAAUGAGAAGUUAGAGAAAGGCGAAUUAAAGUCGGGUAUUUAUAGAGGUAUUGGUGCUUAUAGAAGAUAUGUAAAGCCAAGUGAAGGAGCUUUAUCUCGCAAUAAGACGACGGGGUUAUACGGGCCUACUAGAGGAGCAAACAAUGUACGACUUACUAUGUAUGUUGAUUAUAAACCUGAAAUAUGCAAAGAUUAUAAAGAAACUGGUUAUUGCGGCUAUGGAGAUUGCUGCAAAUUUCUUCAUGAUCGAACAGAUUAUAAAGAAGGAUGGCAGGUUGAAAAAGAAUGGGAAGAAAUACAGAAAAAAAAACUCGAAAAGCUGCGGCGACAAGCAGAGGGAGAAGAAGGUGUUGGAUCUUCUUCAGCGAGUUCUUCUGAUGAUAGUGAUGAUGAAGAAGAUAAAGACGGAAUACCCAUUUGCAGGCGUUUCCAGAAAGUUAUUGAGAUAUUGAUUCUGCUCCAGAAGAAAAGAUUAAAGGAAUUACGGUAA